AGAAAAAUCAUAAAGCACGCAAUUCUGAAAUUUAUGUUUCCAUAUUCAUUCCUUACUUAAUUCAUUUAUAAAUCCAAUCAGUUCUCUUAACUCUUUCAUCUUCUUCCCUCAACACAACUCAAAGAAACCCUAAUCUGCAACUCCGAUUUUGUUUCUUCUCUGACAAAACCCUAAUUUCCUUCCACACUUCCGCAUGACCACCGUCUAGCUCACUUACCCCGCUCCGAGAAUGUCGCUCCACGGCAGCGACCGCCGCGACACGUCGAGCGCCGGCGGAAACGGCAUGGUGGCGGCGGCGAGCCUGAGGCUGCGGCUGAACCCUAACAAGGAGCACAAGCCAGAUGGCUACGAGGACCUGCAGUUGGAUUUCAGCCCUAACAUCUUCAGCUCCUUGGAGAGGUACCUCCCUCCGAGCAUGCUCAACGUGCCUCGUGACGAUAAGGCCAAGUUCAUGCGCGAGAUUCUGCUCAAGUAUCUACCCCUUGGGGAACGCAGCAGAUCUCAAAAGCAUAGAGAAUACAGACAGAAGAUAAUAGAAAAUUAUCAGCCUCUGCAUCGGGAGUUGUACUCUGUGAAUUCUGCUACAUUCUUCGUUCCCUCAUUUCUGAGAGCAAUUAAUGAUAAUACUGAGCAAAGCUUUAGAAGUAUAAUGUCUGAGCCCUCUCCUGGCAUUUUUAUAUUUGACAUAUUUCAGACCAACUUUUGUGAGUUAUUGCUAUCUGAGAUUGAAAAUUUUGAGAAGUGGGUGACUGAAACAAAGUUUCGGAUCAUGCGUCCCAAUACAAUGAAUAAAUAUGGUGCUGUACUUGAUGAUUUUGGACUUGAAACAAUGCUUGACAAGCUUAUGGAAGGUUUUAUUCGUCCUUUAUCCAGAGUCUUAUUUGCGGAAGUUGGUGGGGCAACCCUGGAUUCUCAUCAUGGUUUUGUUGUAGAAUAUGGUAAAGAUAGAGAUGUUGACUUGGGUUUCCAUGUGGAUGACUCAGAAGUAACCUUGAAUGUUUGUUUGGGUAAGCAAUUUUCUGGAGGGGAAUUGUUUUUCCGGGGCAUACGAUGUGAGAAACAUGUAAAUACUGGAACUCAUUCAGAGGAGAUCUUUGAUUAUUCUCAUGUUCCUGGACGAGCUGUGCUUCAUCGUGGUCGACAUCGCCAUGGUGCUAGAGCUACAACAUCCGGCAAUCGGGUCAACCUACUUCUGUGGUGCAGAAGUUCUGUCUUUAGGGAGAUGAAACGGUAUCAAAAAGAUUUCUCCAGCUGGUGUGGCGAGUGCAGUCGUGAGAAAAAGGAAAGGCAACGCUCAACAAUUGCUGCUACCAAAUUGAUGCAUCUCCAUGCUGCUGUGCCUGCAAACAUCAUUGUUGUACCUUAUUUUCCUCUCCUGUUCACUCCCCUGAGCUGUGAACACGAAUCAAUCCAGAUCUGUUCCAUCAUAAUCAUAGCACAUAAUUCAAGAUCACCCCACUUGCACAAAAUAAAUUUCAAGAGGAGUUGUGUGCAUGCUUGCAAAUUACAUGAAAUGGAAAAUAGGGGGAACAAAGUGAAUGAAGGACGGGUAAAGGGGAGUACUGCGGCGGCCUAUGGCUGCUGUAACAGUGAGGUUGAGGUAAACGAAGAAAAGAGAAAAAAUUGGGAAAGGGAGAGGUAGAAUGGGAAAAGGAUAACUAAAUAAAUAAUUGUUAAUUAAAUAAUUUAUAUAUCUGUAAGGGUGUAAAUUUCCUCUCCGCAGAGACAUGAUUGACCCUCCUACUGUAGCCACUGUAAUAAGCAACGCAAAUGCUCUUGACUUCUAAUCAUUUGUUGUUGGAAAAUUGCUCCUAGCCUGCUAGCUGUUACCAAAGGAAUAAUACUUUAGGAUUACUUGAAAUACAGAGGAACUGACAACUGUAUAAAGUCGUGUUCUUUCUUCACCAUGGGGUUUAGUCAAAUAUUCGAGUUUAAGGAUUAAAGCAAAUUGGACUUUCCAAUUUCAUAGUUCUACAAUGAGAUGUUUUUCUGACAUAAGUUUGUUCUUGUUCAGUAUAAUUAAAAAUACAUAGCUGAGGUUGCGGAAUAUAACUUUAAUCU